AUGAAGUAUUUUCUUACAACGCUCAUGCUGGUCUCCGCGACCCUGGCUUUGCCAGCCCCCUGCAAGCGUGACGGUCAGGUUGCCCACGACGCCACUGUUGAAGACGACAAUGUGGCUAUAGGUUGUUAUGGUGGUUGGGGGCCUGACAAGCGUGACAACCAGGCUGCCCAUGAUGCCACUGUGGAGAAUGUCAAUGAUGACGCAGGCCCUAUUGAAGGCUGGAUAGCUUACAAGCGCGACGACCAGUCUGCUCAUGUCGCCACGGUGGAACAGGACGAUACGUUUGGAGGUGCUCAUGAUGGCUGGAUAUCGUACAAGCGUGACGACCAGUCUGCCCAUGUCGCCACGGUGGAGGAUGACAAUGAACUUGACCCUUACAGAGUUGCUUGGGUUCCUAGCAAGCGCAACGACGAAACCACCCAGGAUGCCACUGUGGAAAACGUCAAUAUGGAAGCCCCUGCAAACCAAUGGUGGCAUGGCAAGCGCGACGAGGCUGCCAAAGAUGCCACGGUGGAGUUCGAGAACAGCCCACUGCCUAACGGUUGGUGGCAGAAUGCCAAGCGUGAUGACCAGACCACCGAGGAUGCCACUGUAAAUAAUGUCAACCUUUGCGAGGCUGGUGUCUGGCUCCCUAACAACAAGCGCUGUUAG